AUGUUCUCUAACCAGGCAUCCUUUUACUGGAUAUCGACCAACCUUUGCGCACUCCUCGCCACGGCCUUGAUGCUACCACCAAAUGAAGACUUGACAUUACCUACCAUGACUAAUAACAUUGAAAUCAUAAAUGGCACCAUUCCGAGUAUCAAUACUACCAAUCACGACGGUGGAGUCCCCGUUCGGAAUCAGCCAAUCCUCGUCCUAGAACCCUACUUCGAUCGCUACCCUCGCAACCUCCCCUUAGUCCUUCAAUCAAACCUUUUCAACAUACUUGCAGAACAACUCGUGCAUCAAGGAAAUGAUCUCGAUCGGACUAGACUGCGGAUCUUACCUGGGGUUGGUAGUCUAGCCAUUGGACCGGCGAACGAUGCGCCGCCGUACAUCAGUAGCCAGGCUGCUGCAGACGUAAUCAUGACGCUUGAGUUUUGGAUUGGGAACGGCAUUGACAGGUGCAAGACGCUGACAUUCUACGUCACCGAGAAAAACUUUGGGCAUAGAUUGGCGAAGGGAGGGCUCUAUCAUGUCCCUGCUGAUGUCAGCGUGAUUGGAAGCGAGGGUGGGGUGGAGCAUGCGAAUGAAACUGUUCUCUAG